AUGGCUCCGAAUACUGCACCUCGCAUUCGUCGCACUGCGCAGAACACACAGUACACGUACAACCUCCCUCGCCGCAUCCACACCGUCCAAACCUACCCGAUCCUCUCACCUCAGGGUGCCACCAUCCUCAUGUACGGCCAUGAGAAUGGCAUCACCAUAGUAUGGCGCGGUGGCCGCCGAUUCAAGCCUCAGGUUACGGAAGAGGCCGAGAAGGGCCACAAGGGCAAACAGAAUGGCCAGCCUCCACAGGAUGCCGUCAUGAUCAUCGAUUCCGACGAUGAAGAGGAGCACGUCGCCGCGGGAGCUGGUGGUUCGUAUGUUGACAUGCCACAAUUCGAGAACUUCCUUGACGAAGAUGCCACAUACCCGGAAACCACGCAGACACUCGACCUCGAAUUCGGCACCGCCGUCUUCCACGUUGCCAUACUUCCCCUAAGCCCUUGUUUGGCUGCGGACGCGGCAUUCGAAGGCACCGAAAUUCUUAAGGAGAAGAUCGUCUUCGCUGCGUCUUGCGCCACGCGCGAAUUGUUCCUAGUCACUUUACCAAUUGUACCGCCAUCACCUUUGAGCAAGGCGCGAGAGGAGCUGCAGGAGUCGCUGCUGGCUGGAAAGGCAGGCAAUGGAAAAUGGGGAGAGACCAUGACCUUGUUGACAGGUCAAGAGAAGCCCAGUGACGGCCUGGCCAUGACGCUUAUUAGGCCGAAGACGGCAUCCGAUCGAAGCAAGUCGACGGAUCGGUCACGGUCUGCUUCCCGAGCAUUGCCACACGUCGUCGUGGCUUCACACUCGCGAGAAGCUUCAGGCACUCUGCGACUAUGGGAUGUGCCCCUGGAGUUCUCCACCAAACCCAGCCGACGUACCGAGCCCUUUCAAACCGAAUACCUACCCAAGCCCUUGACCUCUGUCUCUUUUAACCCGACACAAUCCACACAACUCCUCUGCAAUGCAUCGCCAGAUGCGGUGCGUAUCUACGACUAUACCAUUGCUUCCAUGCCUCCCGACGACCUCUCCGAGGGUCCUUUUCCAUCACAGGGAUCUUGGAUCAUAUCUCUUUAUCCACCUUUUGCCCGACCGUCGUCCUCGAGAAAGCCCAUACUUGCAGCAUCAUGGGUAGCCCACGGUCGUGCGGUGAUGGUGCUUCUUGCUGAUGGCCAGUGGGGAAUCUGGGAUAUCGAUGGUGUGUCUCCCCUAGGCCCUGCUCUAUUUGGCAAACUCGGAUCUGGUAUUCGUGGAGACGCCCUCACCGAGUUCAGCGUGGGUGGACAUGUGGAAGGCACGAGUCCCUUACGAAAUCCUGCCUCGCAGCGGGCUUCUGGCGGCAGUGCCGAUUUCGUGCCUAUGACGCCCCAUUCGAGACGCGACGCCAUGACGACGACAUCCUACGGUCCCGAACGCCUAGCAUCGGUGAAGGGAGGCAUUGACGUUACCCCGCUCCCAGCUAGUGCAACUACCACAUCAGACGAGAGUGUCACACUUUGGAUUGGUGGACAUGAGCAUGUGUUUGUCAUUUCUGGCUUGCUCAAAUUCUGGGACGCACAGAAACGCAAAGGUGCCGGUGGUGGCGUAAAUCUCUUCAGUGGAGCCCAGCCCACGCGCAUGGUUCGCCUGAGCGAUUUGACCGUCGGACUGAUGGGCGAACGCUGUACUGGCGUUCGCGCCAUUGUCCGCUUCGCUGAGAAUGGCGGUCAGAGUCUAUCGGGCAGCGAGGACUUGCCUGUUGAGGUUCUGGUAUGUGGCGAGAGUCGGCUGGUUGUGGUACGAGAGAGCGAAGCUGUCGUCGGUACGAGAAUCGGCGGUGUCAUUGGCCGACGAAAGAGGUUAAGCGAACGAGCAAGGGAGAGCAGCGCCAUCAUUGUGCACCCGCGCCCGGAACAACCUGGUAGUGUUGCCUACAACCUGUCCGUCGGUCCCCGGAGAAAACUCUCAAGACCAUCAGUGGAGGGAAUGUUCGACCAACCGGCGGAAGAGAGUGCCAUGGAAACGGAGGCAGAGCAGACGCCAGUUCCUCUACCGGCCAGACCCAGGAGCGGAUUUGCGUUCACCGACAAUUUGGACGCUGCCGCCGACGUCGAGCAGCAGUAUGUCGAGCAGCAGUAUGAAGAUUACGAGAGAGAUGUCGAGGUUGAGAUGCUGGAUAUCAUGGAAAUCGACCACGAGCUGGAAGCCUUGGAUGGCGGGAGAGAGGGAGGCCGUAAGAAGGUCAUCUUUGACUCCUAG